GACCAGGGCGGGGAAGGAAGGAGUCGACGAGAUCUGAUGACGCUCGUCCCGCGGGGGCGAGCAGUGAUGGUGUCAGCGAGGGCCGGCCCUUCCACCGGAGACCCAUUUCCGAGCUGCACUAGAGCAUGAGGUGAGGGGUCUGGUCCGGGAGCCAGCUGCGGAGCGACGCCGGGAAUUGGGAUGGAGACGCUGCUGAAGUGGCGGCCGCGGUGCCCUUGGAUCUUAUGGAGGCCAUUUGGAUUCUCAAGAAGACUUCUCACAGUGAAAAGAUGUAGAGUACCUGAACCAGAAUCAUUGAUUCCAACAGCUGGGUCAUCACUGAUACAGAAGCCUAGCAGAGCACCUGGUAUUUUCUUGUUGGAUCAAAGGAAAAGAUUCUCAACCAUGCCUGAAAUAGAAACAAAUCAGAGAGACCCUGAAUUGUUUUCACCACCCUCUGAUGUUCGAGGAAUGACAAAACUUGAUAGAACAGCUUUUAGAAAGACAGUUACCAUCCCAGUGCUUAAAGUGAGGAAAGAAAUAGUCAAUAAAUUGAUGCAGUCCCUUAAAAGGGCAGCACUGAAGCGCCCAGGCAUAAAACGUGUGAUUGAAGAUCCAGAAGAUGAAGGAAGUAGGCUAGUUAUGCUGGAUCCCUAUAAAAUGUUUACCAAUGAUUCCUUUGAGAAGGGAGAACUCAGUACUUUAAAGCAGCUGAAUGUCAGUCCACAGAUAUCUAGAUAUAAUAUGGAACUAACUUAUGAAAACUUUAAGUCAGAAGAAAUCUUGAGAGCUGUGCUUCCUGAAGGUCAAGAUGUGACUUCAGGGUUUAGCAGAGUUGGACAUAUUGCCCACCUGAACCUUCGCGAUCAUCAACUACCUUUCAAACAUUUAAUUGGCCAAGUUAUGAUUGACAAAAAUCCAGGAAUCACCUCAGCAGUAAAUAAAAUCAAUAAUAUUGAUAAUACCUACCGAAAUUUCCAAAUGGAAGUGCUAGCUGGAGAGGAGAACAUGAUGACCAAGGUUCGAGAAAACAACUACACCUAUGAAUUUGAUUUUUCAAAAGUCUAUUGGAAUCCUCGUCUCUCCACAGAACACAGUCGUAUCACACAACUUCUCAAGCCUGGGGAUGUCCUGUUUGAUGUUUUUGCUGGGGUUGGGCCCUUUGCUAUUCCAGUGGCAAAGAAAAACUGCACUGUAUUUGCCAAUGAUCUCAAUCCUGAAUCCCAUAAAUGGCUACUGCACAACUGUAAAUUAAAUAAGGUGGACCAAAAGGUGAAAAUCUUUAACUUGGAUGGGGAAGACUUCCUCCAAGGGCCAGUCAGAGAAGAGUUAAUGCAGCAGCUGGGACCACUGUCAAAAGAAAGAAAACACUCUGUGCACAUUGUCAUGAACUUGCCAGCAAAGGCUAUCGAGUUUCUCAGUGCUUUCAAAUCACUCUUAGAUGGACAGCCAUGCAGCAGUGAGCUCCUUCCCAUAGUGCACUGCUACAGCUUUUCCAAAGAUGCUAAUCCUGCUAAGGAUGUUCAGCAACGAGCUGGAACUGUGUUAGGCAUCUCCUUGGAGGCAUGCAGUUCAGUUCACCUAGUAAGAAAUGUGGCCCCUAACAAGGAAAUGUUAUGCAUCACCUUUCGGAUUCCUGCUGCUAUACUCUACAAGAACCAGACCCUGAAUCUAGAGAAUCACGAAGAUCCACCUCUUAAACGCCAGAGGACAGAUAAAGAUUUUUAAGAAGAAAAAACACAAAUUGUUUCAGUCACUUAAUUGGAAAUAUCUUCUGCAUCUCCUUACUAGACCUUUAUGUAGUGAAAUAUAAUUUGUAUGAUUUCAUAAAAUUUUAGCAUUUAGUUACUUUAGUAUUGAACUCUUGUAUUUUGAACUUCCUACCUUAUAAAUUAAGGGUUAUCCAAUUAAACUGUAAAUAAGUCUACUAAAUACAUUUUUAUUAUCUGAGUUGUAUGAUUUUGUAAUCUGAAGUAUAUCUAAUUUUUUAUUAGAUAAAUAUAUUUAAAUAUUGUCUUUCUCUUGGGAAAAUAGUUUUUGAAGGUAGGAUAAUUGCAUGCUAACUAGGAAAGCACUAAUAAUUUUACAGUUAUCCUUAGUUGACAUGUGUAGCAAAGUUUUACAUAAGUACUCCUACACUAUCACUAUAAAAAGUCAUAACAAAUGAGAUUAUUUAGAUUGGAGAUAGGCAAACUAUGUCCAGCAGGCCAGAUCUGGCCCACCACCAGUUCUGUAUGGCAAGUGACCCUUGAAUGGUUCUUACAUUUUUAAAUGGUUGAAAAGGAAUCCAAAGAAAAACAUUUUGUGACAUGAAAAUUAUAUAAAAUUUGAAUUUCAGUGACCAUAAAUAAAAUUUUAUUGGA